GUUACCCUGUCCUACCAGCUGAACUGGCCUGGCUCUUCUCCACCCGUCCAGUCUUCCUCUACCCAGAGUUGCUGCCGUGUGCCAGCCUGGACCCAGCUCUCUACUGCCCCCGCAGGACAGCUGCUUUCACUGCAGGAGAGGACUGUCUGCUGGUUCUGGGUCUCAGGAACAUGGAGGGCUCCUCUGAUCCCACUAAGCUGGUGUCUCAGUUCCUGCUGAGGAAGACUCUGGUUCAGGUCCGACGAAGAAUCCUGCAGUGCUGCCGGCCUGGUGUCCCCGACAAUAUCGUCAAGACCUUCAGGUACCAGCGUGUGCUGCGGCCGAUGCUGGCGGUCUGCCGACGGGUCGACCCGGCGGAGCAGCGCCCCCCCCUGGAGAGAGAGGAGGAGGCCAUGCCGCCCUGGCUGCUGGUAUAA